AUGUUGAUGAAGAAAGCUGACGAAGAUGUUCGAGUGUACAUUCUACUUUAUUGGGAAAAGCCUGUCCUUGAUCUUGACUGGAAAAGUUUCACCUUUCGAUGGAGCCAUCAUGGAAAACUUGUUGUUGUUGACAGACGAAUUGCUUUUUUUGGUGGCAUUGAUCUUUGCUAUGGUUGCUGGGAUACCUCAGCUCACGAACUGAUGGAUAGAUAUCCGAUUCAUCGAUGUGCCCAAGAAUAUUGUGAAGACGUGGAAGCAGAAAAUAGAUAUUCUCUCGCUGGAAGUCAAAUUCCCCGGAUGCCAUGGCAUGAUGUUGCGUGUGUGUUCACAGGAGAUGCAGUCUCGGAUGCAGUAAAGCAUUUUAGUCAACGGUAUUAUGCUUUAAAUCCUACUUUGGGGUUGCCUAAGGAACUUGAUGUUUCUGAGAGUAAAGUACUUGAUGUUUUUAUCAGCCCAUAUACAAAGACUAACAUUCAAAUCCUUCAAUCUGUUGCUAAAUGUUUAUCGGGUCAACCUCAUGAAGCCACCAUUUACAACGCAUAUCUGCAUGCAACUAGAAAUGCAGAGAAGAUGGAUUGUAAAAGUAAAGAAUCAGAUUCAGUCGGCAUUGGCAGACGACUUCACCAAGCUUACAUAGAAACGAAGGACUUUCACGUGAUGAUAGUAUUGCCGUUGAAGUCAGAGUUUCCCGAAGAUUGGAAAUCAAAUCCUCGUUUUAAUGGAUUAAUCAGAAUAAGUUAUUGGAACUAUGCUACUCUUUUUUCUGGCGAGCAUUCUUUAACAUAUCGACUAAAAGGAGAAUUCAAAAUUCCAGAGAGUGAAGGGAGCAGUUAUCUUAGUGUCUAUGGAUUACGAACCCACGAUUUGCUUGGCGAGAAGAUGGAAACUGAAAUUGUUUAUGUGCACAGCAAAGUGAUGAUCGUCAAUGAUCGAGUUUCUAUUAUCGGUUCAGCUGUCAUAGUUGAGGAUGUAGAAAUGGUCUAG